UUUUAUAAUGACCAACCGCAAUCAAUCUACCCCGUUAUCCAGCCUUAUUAAUCAACUCGCUCCAUUAAUUCAACAACUACAAACUGCACUCACUCAAAGUCAAGCUAUAUCACACCAACCUCUAACGCAAAACACCCCAUAUCGAACCCCAAGAUACUGGGAAAACCCCUGUCCAACUCCUAUCUACAAUAGAUACGUUGAUGAGCCCGAUGAAAGAGUAUAUUCACAACCUAUUCCUCAGAAACAAUGUUUCCGAUGCCGAAGAAGGAGCCCCAUCCAUGAAUGUCCGGAUGUAAAACGUUUAGGUCAAAGU